AUGGCGCUCCGGAUCGCAACCAACUGGGUCCUCGCGCCCGCCCUCGGCUUCACGCUCGGCGUCUGCACGUUCCUCGAGCCCUGGCCCCCCGCCGACGACCAGGGCCUCGGCACAAUCACCCUCAAACGCCCGCUCGCCCACCAGCGUCUCGACAUCCUCGACCAAAUCCACCAGCACCCAGAGUUCCGCUCGCUCGUCGCCAACCGCCACGUCGCCCGCUGGCACCAGAGCGAAAAGAUCCCGCACGCGCACCGCGACUACCACGUCGCCCAGGGCCUGCUGUACGGCCCGGGCCACCUCGAGAUCGACCCCCUGGUGUUCCACGACGAAAACACCAAAGAGCUCAUAGUCUUCUACCAUCUGGGCCCCAAUCUCGGAAACGAAAACAACCGCGUCCACAAGGGCGUGCUCGCGCUGCUGCUCGACGAGGCCCUGUGCUACUGCGGCUUCCCGUCGCUGCCCAACAAGCGCGGCGUCACCGCGCGGCUCAGCAUCGACUACGCGCGCGACGUGCCCGUCGACUCCACCGUCGUGCUGCGCGCCCACGUCCACGAGGCCAGCGGCCGCAAGUGCGUCAUCAAGGGCACGCUCGAGACCCUGCCUGCCAAGCGGUGGUGGAAUCCGCUGGGUCGCGAGACCUCCACCGUUCUGGCCUCGGCCACCUGCAUCCUGGUCGAACCCAAAUGGUUCAAGUACGUGACGUGGUUCAACGCCUUCUAA